AACAGGGCCAACCAAGAUGAGCAGUCAAAGACCCCCAGUGAAUACAAAACUCCUCUCUUGCAGAUCAGAGUCCUCUCAAAGCUGGGUCUUGCUUGUGGGUGGAUCUCUGACUGUGGAAUAGAUCCCAUCGAUAAAAGAUUCAGGGCGUGUGCCUGUAUGUUCAGAAUCCACCGAUUGGGAGUCCAUCAUUUUCCUCCUCCUGGUGUGUGUCUGUGUGUGUGUGUGUGUCACGCACACAGGGAUCUAGGGCCGCCCUCAUCCAGAUGCCGAAACAGCUGGCUUAACUCUCCUUUUCCUUUCCAGCUGUUUUCCCUCUUUCCUUUUCCAUUCCCUUCUUCCACAAGCAGAGAUUCCCUGGCGGAGUGCGUCAAGAGUCUUAACUCAAACCUUGACAUUGGCAUCCUUCUUUUUUAAAAAAAAAAAAUUUUGCUCCAGCACUCCAGGAAAUUUUGCCAUCUCAGCCUACUUUUCAGAACUUCAGAACAAUUUGCCUUGCAAACUGGAUGUAUAUGGGUUGAAUUUCCUCCCGGGUAAUUCUUCUUUUCGCGUUCGGUUUUAAUUAAAUACAGCCAUGGAGCAGUUCAAAAGUCUCUCUGCGAGCGUUCCUCCCUUUUUAUUGCCUGCUGGCAGGCAAAAGAAACAUAAAUAUCCAAGCCCUGGAAAUUUCACCGGCAUUUUCCUGCUUUUAAUUCUUCUGGUGGUUUUGGAAGAUUCGUUUGCAAGAGAGGCCCAGAAGAUCCAGGGAGACACGGCCAUAUCUGGUCCGACCCUUGGGGUUAAUUUGGGUCUGCCCUUCCCGCCUCCACCUCCUCAUCUCCGGAAAAAACGUUACACGCUGACACCAGGAAGGCUCAAAUGGGAUCAUUUCAACCUAACCUACAAAAUUCUGUCUUUCCCCAAAAAUUUGAUUGGCAAAAGCCAGACCAGGAAAGGGCUGACCGCAGCUUUCCGUAUGUGGAGCGAUGUCUCUCCGUUCACCUUUCGCGAAGUGCCAGUGAGCGCCGCCAGCGACCUCACCAUCGGUUUCUACCCGAUCAACCACACGGACUGCGUGGAAUCGCAGAUCCACCACUGUUUCGAUGGGAUCACGGGCGAGUUAGCUCACGCCUUUUUCCCACAGACGGGGGAGAUCCAUUUUGACGAUCAUGAAUACUGGAUUGUCGGGAACACUCGGUUCAGCUGGAAGAAAGUCGUCUGGCUGACAGAUCUGGUUCACGUGGCCGCCCACGAAAUUGGCCACGCGUUAGGCCUUAUGCACUCUCUGGAUCCCAACGCCUUGAUGCAUGUGAAUGCCACCCUGACAGGGAAGAACACGAUCUCGCAGGACGAGAUGUGGGGAAUUUAUCGGCUUUAUGGCUGCAAAGACCGACUGUUUAUAUGUCCGUCGUGGAGUCGGAAAGGCUACUGUCAAACACGCCAACGGUUUAUGAAAAAGCACUGCCCCUACAGCUGUGAUUUCUGCUUGGAGUUCCCUUUUCCGACGGUGAUACCCACCCUGCCGCCACCAAGGAUGAAGACCAGGCUUGUCCCUGAAGGCCGGAACGUUACUUUCCGAUGUGGCCAGAAAAUCACUCACAAAAAGGGGAAAGUUUAUUGGUAUAAGGAGAAGGAAUUGCUGGAAUAUUCCUAUCCUGGCUACCUGUUUCUGAAUGGCAACCACAUGAGCAUCAUAGCUAAUGCCAUCAACGAAGGAACGUACACUUGCAUCGUGAAGAAAAAGUCCAAAGUCUUGACCACGUAUUCUUGGAGAGUCAGGCUGAAGCAUUAAUGUGGACUGUGGGCAAGGACUUACAGACCCCCAAGUCACUCUAGGUGGGCCCACUUCCCCACCUGUUGCCAUGUUGCACUUUCAACAGCCGAUCCGCACUCACGAAAACCACCUUUCCCAGGUUAUCCCUUCCAGGAGGAGACUGCAAAAAUAUUGUUUUCCCCCUUCCCUGCAUUUUUCACCAUUUUUAUUCUUGGCCAAGCCUGCUGGGGAUGAUAGGAUGGGUAGCUGAAGUCACAAAGGGGCCCAAAGGGAGGAGAAAUAGGCUACAACAUGAGCUAAAAGAUCAGCUUUUUUUUUUUUUUAAGGUUGCUAAUAUUCUUUGGGAGCCAUUUUACACUUAUACACUUUUACACUUACCUACGUUCUGCUAAAAUCUGGAGUUUGGUGCUAUCAAUGAGAUAUUAAAUUUUUCUUUUCCUCUCUCCUGGAGCUGUUCAAGACGGCAUAUAUAAUAAUAUCCCUCCUCCAAUACCCUCCCCCCCAAAAA